AUAUCUUUCGCUUUGCUUACGCGUGCCUUAAACUCCACUAACCGUAGCGUUUAGCGCUAUCGGUGCUGCGGAUACAGAGCUUUUACAGCCCACGAUCCACAGCCAUCAUCUCACUGCGAUCACUCACAAGACAGCAGGCUAAAAUGAUCGCAAAGCUGCUCGUGUUGGCAGCCGCCGUCUCAGCCUUCGUGCAGCCGUCGAUGCCGCGCACGAAGCUGACCCAGCGAUUCUUCUUCGACCAAUUCAUCCCUAAUCCCGAAGCCGACGCGGAGCUCGACGGCUACGUGGGCUCGGCCAAGGCCGUCCUUUUGACGGACGGCGGCGCCGGCGGCGAGGCCGUCAAGACCGCGCUCGCCGGCGCGAAGCUCUCCACGUACACGGAGGUCAACCUCGGCGCGAAGCCCAACAAAGGGAAGCUGCUCGGGUCGCUCAAGCGCCGCGUCGGCGUCGACGCGCCGGUAUUGAUCGUCGCGGGCCAGGUCUUCGACAAGAAGCGCAUCGAGUACCUCUGCAAGCAGGACAUGAUGCUGCCAGUGUUCCGCGCCGCGGGCACGAGCGGCGAGGUGCGCCUGCCCUUCCAGGAUUUGAGAUUUUACUUGUCGAAGACGAUCCGAUGAAUCCCCGACCGACCCCCUUCAAUAAGUUAAGUUGCCAAAAUU